CAGGUCUAAGCCAAGUCCAAGGCAUUUAAAUGUUUUAAAUGGUUAUCAAUUAAGAUGAAGGAUGAUAAGGGUUGCAUGGAAGAUUAUGCCAGUAAACCUUUUCAUAAUUUUAGAUAGACUAGACUAGAGUUGUUCAAAUUGUUUCUCAAAUACAAAUAUUUCAGGCUGAUAAGCACUGUCUAGUAGGCAUGUUACUGUUAUAGUAAUUGUAAUAAUUUGUUUGAGAAGCUUCAUGACUGCAAUAAGCCUAAACUUAACAGUUUUUGAAGGGUUUGGUUCUUUGUUUUAUUUCUGUGUCACUGAUGUUAUUAUUUUUAUGUGUGGAUUUGUUAGGUGUACCAACACAUUUUGUAGAUAUCAUGUCCAAAAGAAGAGCGAGACGUAAUCCUGAGGCUGAAGCCACUGAGUUUAUUUUAUCUGGAUGUGACAAGUCUUGUUUAAAGGCCCAGUGGAUCAAUGAUUGGAAAGGACGUGGUGUAUUUGCUUGUGCAUCAAUUGAAAAAGGAUCCUUUGUGGUCGAGUACCGAGGGGAGUUAAUCUCGAGACGUGAGCGAGACAAGAGACAAACAACGUACACGGAAAAGCAAAAUGCUUUCCUGUUUGAUUUUAAAUGGAACGAUGACAUUUGGUGUAUUGAUGCCUCUGAUGAAGAUGGGUCUCUUGGUCGCUUGGUUAAUGAUGCCCACAAGUCCCCAAACUGCACAAUGAAAAAAAUUACAGUCCAAAGUAGACCUCAUCUUUGCUUGUUUGCUAUUGAAAACAUUCAAGCAUUUAGUGAAAUAACUUACAACUACGGACAAUCUCAAUGGCCUAGGAGAACUCAGACACUUGAGGUUCCAUCUCAAGAUUCUCCAGAUUCAGAAAUGAGCAUCAGGCAGACUUCAUCCCUCCAACAGACACCAACUGUUGAUGUUCCAUUUCAACAUUCUCCUCGUACAGAUGUGAGCGAUGAACUGACUUCAUCCCUCAAACAGACACCAACUGUUGAUGUUCCAUUUCAACAUUCUCCUCGUACAGAUGUGAGCGAUGAACCGACUUCAUCCCUCAAACAGAUGUGA